ACCGCUCUCUCUGCUCGCUCGCAUUUUGUGUCACAGUGCCACCAGGAGAGGGGCGACAGACUGCUGCGCGUCAGGGGAUACCAGUCAUCAUCCGCACGGUUCCAGCGACAUCGCGCCGCGGGCAAUGACAUUGGCUCACUGAAGUAGGAAUACACGAGAAAACGCAAAAAUGACGGUGGACUUUGAAGAAUGUAUCAAAGAUUCACCCCGAUUCAGGGCUGGCAUUGAUGAUGUGGAGACAGACGUGGUGGAGAUUGAGGCAAAGCUUGACAAGUUGGUGAAGCUGUGCAGUGGGAUGAUCGAGGCCGGCAGGGCCUAUGUCAGCGCCAACAAGCUUUUUGUAAACGGCAUCAAGGACCUGUCCCAGCAGUGCAAGAAGGAGGAGAUGAUAUCAGAAUGCCUUGAAAAGUGUGGAGAAAGCCUCCAGGAGAUUGUCAACUACCACAUGAUUUUGUUUGACCAAGCUCAGAGGUCAAUAAAGCAGCAGCUUCACACUUUUAUUAAAGAAGAUGUGCGAAAGUUCAAGGAUACCAAGAAGCAGUUUGACCGGGUGCGUGAAGACAUGGAGCUGGCCCAGGUUAAGAAUGCCCAGGCCCCCAGGAACAAGGUCCACGAGGCAGAGGAGGCAACACAGGCCCUGAUCCUCAGCCGCAAAGCCUUCAGACACCUGGCCCUGGACUAUGUUCUGCAGAUUAAUGUGCUUCAAGCCAAGAAGAAGUUUGAAAUCCUGGAUGCAAUGCUGUCCUUCAUGCGUGCACAGUACUCUUUGUUCCAGCAGGGCUUUAACAUAUUGGAUGAGAUUGACCCUUAUAUGAAAAAACUGGCUGCACAGCUCGAUCAGCUGGUCAUCGACUCAGCCAUGGAGAAAAGGGAGCUGGAGCACAAACAUGCCCUCAUCCAACAAAGAACUCUGAUGCAGGACUUCUCUUAUGAUGACCCUAAGUUGGAGUUUAAUGUGGAUGCACCCAAUGGUGUGGUCAUGGAGGGCUACCUCUUCAAGAGGGCCAGUAACGCUUUCAAGACCUGGAACAGACGGUGGUUUUCUAUACAAAACAGCCAACUGGUCUACCAAAAGAAACUUAAGGACUCUUUGACAGUGGUGGUGGAGGAUCUGAGGCUGUGUUCAGUCAAACCCUGUGAAGAUAAUGAGAGAAGGUUCUGCUUCGAGGUGGUUUCACCCACUAAGAGCUGUAUGUUGCAGGCUGAGUCUGAAAAGCUGCGGCAGGCUUGGAUCCAGGCAGUCCAAGCCAGCAUUGCCUCUGCUUACAAAGACAUCACUGACAACUACUACAUUGAGCGCUUGGACCGGACGGCCUCACCCUCCACCAGCAGCAUCGACUCUGCCAGUGAGCCCAGAGAGAGGGGGGAGAAGGCAGAGAGGGGGGUACGGGGAGGAGGGGAAAGCCUCCUCCAGAGGGUCCAGAGUCUGCCAGGCAAUGAACUGUGCUGUGACUGUGGCCAGUCUGCUCCCUGCUGGGCCUCCAUCAACCUGGGAGUGCUGCUGUGCAUUGAAUGCUCAGGGAUCCACAGGAGUUUAGGCGUUCAUUGCUCUAAAGUGCGUUCACUGACUCUGGACUCAUGGGAACCAGAAUUACUCAAGCUGAUGUGUGAAUUGGGAAACACUGUGAUCAAUCACAUUUAUGAGGGGGCCUGUGAGGAGCUGGGAGCAAAAAAACCUGGACCCUCCAGUUCAAGGCAGGAGAAAGAAGCCUGGAUCAAGUCCAAAUAUGUUGAGAAGCGCUUCUUGAAGAAGAUGAGUGGGAGUGAGGCAUUAGUGGAGGGUGAAAGAAAAUCUCGGCCCUGGACAGUUAAGAAAUGCCAACGGCACAGCAGCUCUGUUCGUGCCCCCAAUAAAGCCCGCAGGAAAUACCACCGAUAUGAGCCUGGCAGUGCUUCACCUGCAAAUCUCUCAGCAGCAGCGGCAGCAAAGUUUCGUCGAGACUCCCUGUUCUGUCCAGAUGAGCUCGAUUCACUAUUUUCCUACUUCGACACUGGUUCUGGUCCUCGCAGCCCCGCAGGUCUGAGCAGUGACAGUGGUCUCGGUGGAAGUACAGACGGCAGCACUGAUGUCCUAGCAUUUGGCUCAGUCGUGGACAGUGUCACAGAAGAAGCAGAAGAGUCAGAGGAGUCUUCUAGUGGUGAGGUGGAGAUUGAACAGGAAGUGUCCUCAGACCCUGAAGACCCACGGGAGCUCCAUCCUGGGGCACUCCUCCACAGAUCUUCCCGUCUCCACAACUUGCCACUUAUGGCUGAAGCAUUGGCACAUGGCGCUGAUGUACAUGCAGCGAGUGAAGAGGAAGAGGGAAAAACACCACUAAUUCAGGCUGUGAUCGGGGGCUCUCUGAUAGCCUGUGAGUUCCUGUUACAAAAUGGAGCCGAUGUCAACCAGAGGGACAUGCGAGGGAGAGGCCCACUGCAUCAUGCCACCUACAUGGGACACACUGGUCAGGUGUGUCUGUUUCUGAAGAGAGGAGCGUCACAAACGGAGGUGGACGAACAGGGUCAUGACCCCCUGAGCAUCGCUGUCCAGGCUGCUAAUGCAGACAUCGUCACCUUGCUGCGUCUCGCUCGGAUGAACGAGGAAAUGCGAGAGGCGGAGGCUCCCUUGGGUCAACCAGGUCAAUACCCCAGCAGCAGCCCCACUGAGCAGCAGUAUAGGAAGUGCAUCCAGGAAUUCAUCUGCCUCACCAUAGACGAAUGCUAAUGAUCAAUUCUAUACCUGAGACUAGAGCUCCUGCUCACUAUACAUCCCUCCUGACUGGGAGCCUAAAAUAAUCCUGUAGAAGUUACCCCUAGACACUGAUCCCAACCAAGUCUUUUUGACAUAACUUAAAGAUCCAGGCUUAUGGGCAACUUCUUAGAAACAGGGUGUCUGAGGAAAGAGCUACUCGUGUAAAGAGGGGGGGGGUGCAUUGUGUAAUAGGGAGACCCCUGACGCACCUUUACAACUCUACUGACUAUAGUCACCACCUUCAUUUUUCUGCAUCACCAAUGUGUUUCUGCUUGCCAUUACUCUGCACCACCCAUGCUACGCUAGCUGUAUCACACAGAGUAUCAACAUCUGCUUUUUGGUGUUUUGCUAACAGGGUUAUCCUUGAAUUUAUUAUCACGUGGUGUAAUCUCUUGUGUGAGGGUGUGGGUUUGCUGUUACCUAACAACUCUGACCUCUAAGGAAACCCGCCGCAUUAACCCACUACACUUAUUAUAUCUUAUCCAGACCAUCUAACUUACCCAUCUCUUCUUAAUCGGAGAUGUAAAUAUACAUAUAUAGAAGUUCUAUGGGUAAUCUUUAAAUAUGUGCUGUGGCAUGAGGUGAAAAUAAAAUGGUAUAUGUCCAAUUCUUAAAAGAAACAGAGUAACCGACAAGCUACAGUAGAGGUUGGCAGGGUAGUUUACUGUGUAUAAAGUGGAGGCAGGAAAGGAAAUGUAAAACUGUGAUAAAAACGCUGAAGGGCUUUUGGAGAGGAGACCCUUGCCUGCUUUGUAAGAUACUUCGUGACAUGAUGAGUGAAUGAGUGAGUGAAUGAGUGAAUGCGAUAGCAAAAGGGUGCAUGAGAAAACGAAUACUGAGAGACAGAGUUAAAUAAUAUGAUAUUAUGAUACGUUAUGUAAAGAAAAAAGAAACUGUGCACUUUUCCCAUUAACAGUAUUAUAAUUUAGCUUUUUUUUUAUCCAGUUUGUUUUUCUACAUCUUCGUCUACUCAAGUUAUUGUCUAUUAUCUGUAUUUUCUUUCUUUCUUUUUUUAUUUAUGUUUAUUAUCCCAGAGGAUCAGUGCAAUGCAUUCGUGAGUGCAGUUUUCAUCUGCAUUGCUGUUAAUGAUUGUCGAUUUAUUCUGAAGACGUUACUUGGAAUUCAUAACAGGAAGUCUUUUGUUUAGUUUCUUCUGUGACAUUCAUAAGACAUUUCCUUUUAUUUUCCCUUUAACAAUGGCCUUAUAAAGCUAUGGUUACAGUUAUCAGACACUACUUGGUUAUUGAAGACAGCUAUAAUUUCUAAGUAUUGUGCUGUUGUUAUUUCUAGAGAAUAUCUUGCAAGCUGAGGUGAUAAGUGGACAAACCAGAGCAGUAAGGGAGUCUGCAUAAACUGGAUUUGCAUAUUUACCUUUAGUCAGUAGCGACCUGAUCUCUGCUUCACUACCUUGUGACUCAUGGUUAUAUAAUCACAACUUUUUUGUAAAUACUCAUCCAUGUUUCAGUAUUUUUGGUGACGUAACAGAGCACAUUUCUUUUUGAGCAGUUUACACACUUAUUGGAUCAGAAGGCUUCCCUGGCCACACACAGUAUUCUCUGCAUGCUUUGCCAGAUUUAUUUUUGGGAAGAGCAAGAUACUUUACAUUCUAAGCAUGAUAAAAUAUUUUUCUAUUGUUUGAUCACUUUGUGGAGUGCAGUCCCGUGGAAUAAGCAUGUAUCAACAUGACCCCUCUGGUGUCAGGAAUUUCUUCCUUUAUGCGCCUCUGUGCCAUUCUUCCAUCCACGGACCAUCUGUGGUGCAUUCCUCAUUUGUGUCUUUCUUAUGUUUGUUUUGUUUACAAAGAGAAACUUUCAUUAUAGUUUUUAUGUUGUGAUUUUAUUUUCAUCUGCCAAAGAUUUUUAAAGGGAAAGUGUCUGACAUUGUAUAAUAUCACAGUUUUUUUGUUUUAUCUUUUUUGUUUGUUUUUUUUUCUCGUACUGAAACUGUUCAGAGUAGAUACAGCAUAGUCUUACCAUACUGUGUGAAGUCAAAGUGACUCAGUGGUAGAAACACUGUUGAUGUAUUCACAUGUUCAAAAGAGGUUCGAGACGUACAGAAAUGUGACUUACCCGAGAGAUUUCAAUCUCCUGCAAUAGUUCAAUGUACUGCGAUUAGAACCAGACUAGAGGGUGAUGUGAAGCUACUGUGACCAAACUGUUAAGGGCCCUCUGCCCUGGUGGAAGUAUUAAAUGUUGUGUCCAUUUGUGUGUAUUGACAUAGGAGUGGUUAAGGUGCUGUUCAAUGAUAACAUGCUGUAAAUAGUACACUUGUGUAUUUUAACUCAAUGCCGACUGCCUGCCUCUCAGCAUUCAAUCAUGGAUCCUGACUGUCUGACCUGUUUUAUGUUUGUCUUUUUAUCCUCUUCCAAAACAACCUGUCAGGCAGGUCUGUGCCACAGCUCUGCCCUACUAUGACAUUUGGAUAUCUUUGGAAUACUAUCUUCAUUGUCUUUAGAAGCACUGAGGGGAAAAAAAGAAAACAAAAUGCAUACAAUAAAACCAAGAAACUCGAUGAACUAA